AUGCAAGAAAAACAAAGUGAAAAUUAUAAAAUAAACAAAACUUUAAAUAAUCAUUUAGGAGAAGCAGAAGUAUCUCCUGAAGAAACUGAUAAAAACAUAUCAGAUAUUGCAAUGCCAGAAAUGAAAAGAUUAGCGCUAGAUAUCAAUUUACCGCAAAGUGGGAGUGAUCCAUUAUUGCCCAAUAAAGUGAAUAAGACUUCUUGGGCUAUCGUUGGUGGAGUGGUAUGUGGGGCUGUGGUCAUCGCUUGUCUCGUUGGUGCUGUUGCUAUUUUCAUCAACAGAAGACGACAGAAGCGCCAGGCUGUGUAA